AUGUCCACGCGAUCCCGGGGCGGGAGGCGUAAGCUCUGCUCCCCAGGAUCCAGGACUGAACGCCUCGAAGUGUCGUCCCUGGGGGGCAGAGCACCCGGAGAGAUCCGGGGGCCUAGGAAGGGAGAGCCAGGCCGAAGCACCAGCCUCUCCCGCCGCCCACAGUGCCCAGCUGCAGCGAGGAGGGGGUGCACGCAGCGCCGGCUGAAAACGGGCGGUCCCCGCAUCGCGCCCACCCGCCGAGCCAAGGCGCCGCGGCCGGGCGCCGAGCGGUCGUCCCUGGGAGAAGCCAGAACGCCGGGCUCCGGCCUGCGCGCGGGCUCCGAGCAAAGGGGGAUCCAACGCGGAUCGGGAAAGGAGAAGGGAAAGUUGACCUCACAGCCUCGCCCAGCCUGGGGAAGUGCCCGUGGGCGGCCGGCGAGCGCGCAGGCUGCAGCCAGAGAGGUUCGGGAAGAAGUGAGCGCAGAGAUUUCCACGAGCUAGAGAAAGCGGAUUAAAAAGAAAUGUGAAAAGCAAUCCAAGGCAUCCGCAGGAGCCCGGCGGUUUAGAAGACACCCCGUCCCCGCUAGGAGGACGACAGUGACUCGCACUCGCGAAGACGAGGCGCUCCUGGGCGGCCGCGCAUCUGCGCCGAGGAGCUGCCUCCGCAGCGUGGGGCGCGCGUUCAGACGCCAACGGCGGCGGCCAGAAACUG